AUGCUUUUCGUUCUUGACACCAUGGUUAGUGCAGCAGCAGACACUACUCCAAUUAGUGCUUCUUCAUUUUUUGGUUUUAUGGGAGUCACAAUGGCUUUAGUGUUGGCAAAUUUGGGUGCAGGUUAUGGAACAUUCAAGGCAGGUGCUGGUAUAGCAGCCAUUGGUAUUUGGAAACCUGAGAUAAUUAUGAAAUCAUUGAUCCCAGUAGUUAUGGCAGGUAUUUUGGGUAUUUAUGGUAUGAUCGUCGCAGUUUUGCUGUCAUAAAAAGUGAAAAACCCUUUGGAAUACUCAUAUAAGUCUGGAUUUGCACAUAUGGCAUCGGGAUUAUGUUGUGGUUGCAGUUGCAUAGCAGCUGGUUUUGCAAUUGGCAUUGUGGGAGAUGUGGGUGUUCGAGGGAAUGCACAGUAGGAGAGAUUGUUUGUUGGAUUGAUUUUGAUUCUCAUUUUCGCAGAGGCUUUGGCAUUAUAUGGUUUAAUUGUAUCCUUGAUCUUAUCGCAAUCAUGAGUUUGAAGGUAUCAUAAUAUAUUAUGAAAUAAA